CAUAGCUGCAUAAAUUAACAUGGCUACCAGCACGGGAAGGGAUCAGUUCCCUUAGACUUUCUUCCAAUUUUCGUCCUUAUGUAGAGUCUCAGUGAGCCCAGGAACCGAGAUGUCGGACCACAGCUGUCAAGAUCCGUCCAUGGAGGAUCUUCAACGAGAGAUCGAACGUCUCCAGUUGGAAUUAUCCGAAACCACGACGGAAAAAGUCCAGGCCGCAGAAUAUGGUUUGGCUGUGUUAGAGGAAAAACAACGUCUUCAGCAGCAGGUUGAGGAUGUCGAGGCUCACUGUGAAACUAUCAAGCAUGAACUUGAAUGUGCCAAAGAGGCCUUGAAUAAACAUCAGGACACCUUUCGCAAGCAGCAGAAGAGUGGGAUCCACCAGGAGGAUAGUUUUCUGCUAGAGACUGCCACACGGGAAGAAAGUUACAAAUCUGUGAUCUUAGACCUAGAAACAGAACUAAAGACAUGUAAACAGGCACUGGAACGGUUCGAGGGUGAGAACGAACGAUUACACUCGGCGGUACUAGAACUCCAACAAAGUUCCGACUCUCUUGAGGAACAAAGACGUCAGUAUAAAAAUGAACUGCGGGAGUACAAGAUUCGUGAGAAUCGGAACUUGGUUGAUUAUGCCGAGUUGGAGGAUGAAAAUAUCUCAUUACAAAAACAAGUAUCGCAGUUAAAACAGGGCCAGGUGGAAUAUGAAGGGAUGAAACAUGAAAUCAAACGCCUUCAAGAAGAGGCAGAUGACCUUCACAUUCAGUUAGAAGACGCGAUGGGCCUCAAACGUAUAGUCGAAAAAAAUCUUGACGAGGCACUAAAUUCACUUCAGCAUGAAAGAGAGCAAAAACAUGCAUACAAGAAAGAGCUGGAUCAGCGUUUAAGCCAGGAGUCUAUGUUUAAUCUUAGUAACCUUGCUCAUUUUGGAGGACUCAGCGAGGGCCUCAAAGAUCUCGUUCCCAACCAUAACGAGGUAGAGGACGAUAAUGAGGAAGGGGAACAAAACAAUCCCGCCCUCAAACGAAUCGAGGCCGACUUUAAAACGGAGGAAACAAAAUCACCAGUGAAACCAGGUCCAGGCAAGGUGAACGAUAUUCUCAGUGAAAUUCAGGAAAAUGAAGUGAAAAAGCUAGAACAAAUGUUGAGUCAGAGUGAAAACGAAAAGUUAGAACUCCAGUCGGCUCUUGAUGAAGCCCAGAAAUUAAUACAGGACACUCAAACAGAUUUAGUUGAACAGAAACAACGGGCUGACCAGCUCAAAGCACAGAUAAGUACUUUAAUUCAAGGAGAAUCUCAGGGAACAUUUGCCAAAAACGGGAAUCCCGGGGAGAAUAAAUACUCAAACGCUUUACAGGAGAUUAAUAACUUACAUGAUGAACUGAAUCGCCUCCAAGAGCGAAGCCAACUUGGAGGAAUGAAAACUGAUAAGAGUAUAGAAGAAGCCAUCGAGGCUAUGAAGAAUAAGUGUAACGGUUACCAUGACACUAUCAUAGAACUUGGCAAGGAUCUCAAAUCUAUGUCUCUUGCCGCAGGCGAGGCACAGGGCAGCCUAACCACAACACAGGACGAACUGGUCAGGGUCACUGAGGAGCUUGCACAACUUUAUCACUUGGUUUGUGAGGUCAGCGGAGAAACACCGAGCCGUGUCAUGUUAGAUCAUGUGAAAUCGGCAGCCAUGAUGUCGCGACAGGAUCGUGAGAGCAGCGAAGAAAAGGAAGACAAAGAAGGCACAGAGAAAUCGGGGAAACUGAAAUCCAAGUCCAAAAAGGAUGUUGUAAAUGGUGAUAUCAAGGGUGAUCCGAUUUCCUGUUACAAACUGACCGAGACGAUCAUUGACCAGGUGAAGUACCUGAAGCGUGGUGUUGAGCAUCUCAUGGAGGUGUCGCAACAGCGGUCUGUGGACAUGGAAAACCAGGACGUCCAGGAGCUCCAGGAACAGGUGGUCAAACUUAAGGCCAUGCUGUCCACAAAACGCGAACAGAUUGCCACACUCCGCAGUGUGUUGAAAGCCAACAAGUCUGCCGCGGAAGUUGCACUGGCUAAUCUAAAACAGAAAUACCUCACAGAAAAGGUCAUAGUUACAGAAACCAUGGUGAAAUUGAGAAAUGAACUCAAAGCACUAAAAGAGGAUGCUGCUACUUUUGCCUCAUUGCGAGCCAUGUUUGCACAGAGGUGCGAUGAGUAUGUUACUCAACUAGACGAAAUGCAACGGCAACUGGCGAGUGCAGAGGAGGAAAAGAAAACGCUGAAUUCCUUGUUGAGGAUGGCAAUACAGCAGAAAUUGACCUUGACGCAGAGGUUGGAGGACCUAGAGUUUGACAGAGAACGUCGCAACAUGCGCCGCCAAGGCGGGGGUGGUGGUGGCGGCGGCGGGAGCCGAAGUAAAAUGGGGGCUUCCAAAGUAAGUCGCAACUACAAUCCAUAUCAUGAAGAGUCGUAUGACCGUUACGGUGGUUCGGGUCGUUCACACCAUCAUAACAAGAGAGACUAUUAGGCACUUUUCCACCAGGCUAACAUAACACGUGCUGACAGGAACGCCAUAGCAACAGCCUCCUGUAUCUACCAUACCAAAGAACUUCCUUCCUUCCUCAUCGCCAGGGUCAAGGUCAGCCAAGACGUCACACGGAGAAACCGCUCCACGAUGAGGAAUUACACGAUAACGGAAGUACAAGGACCUUCAACAUUUAUUUGUUGAAUUUUCAUUCACUAUGUGAUGGAUAUUUCGGUGUAGGAACCAGAAAAUGUCCAAUCACGUGAUAAGGACAUCGGUACGGAACCAGAGAGGUCUGAUUGGAUCUUUCGUGGUUCUGGGAACUGUUGGUCACUACGGACCAAUGUACAUUAAUUCAAACCUAUGUUGUUGUCUCAAACCAUUAUAAUCACAUUACAAAAAAAUAUUUGUAUUAUUUGUAAAAAAAAUACACUUGGAAGUGAUAGCUAUUAAGUAAUGAAAAUUUGUGGUGUAAAUUAAAAACGCUAGUAUAAUGAUUACGUAAAUGGAACUUCUCAUCAGUGGAACUCCUCAUUCCAAAUCUGUAUCACUGAACCAUUCUUGUGUUGCUGAUGAUAUUAUUAGUAAACAAUUAUAAAUAUAUAUAUUUGUAUAUCAGUAAACAUGCCCUUAUAGGGGUUGAACUUGGAUUAUUGUAUGAAGGUUGUAGAACGCCUAGAAAAUUUGUAUAAAGAGCCAUUGAUAAAGACACUAGGUGUAUGAAUGUUUGUGACACGUCUGUUCCAGUUUUUGUACAUUUGUCCAGACGUCCUAUUUGUGCUGAGAGAGAAAUUAUCACUAUUUACUUCAUUGGGUCAUCGUUGAGUAAUCGGAGACCUUUCAAUGAAGGAUUCCAGCAUCUGCAACAUUAUUAUUUUGUACUUUUAAAAUUGUUUCUUCUCUUUUAUAAUGCAAAACCAAUAUAUGAAGGUUAAUUCCAGUUUUUACGAAUGAAAUUAUGACAAGUUUCUAGAACUUUGAUUUAUCUUAUUAUAUGUUUUAAAAAAACUAAAUUAUAAAGAUGUAAAUCCACUGAGGUAAUUUUAAAGCAAGAUUUAAGAAAAAGAACAAUAUUUUAAUGAUUUGAAAAAUAAUUUGAGUACACGACUUUUCAAAAAUUCUACAUUCUUUCAUAUUUUUUUGUAGCAGAUUUGUAUCAAAGAUGUUAUAAGUGCUGUGAUAUUUCACUCCAAUUCAUAUCUGAUGUCUUAAACAAACUAUACAGUAUUUGUCAAAACAGAUGGGAUCUGCAAUUUUAAAACCCCAUUUUAUUUGAUGGUUUAAUCAUUUAUGCCAGUGAGAAAUAUUGAUAAUAUAUGUCAAUAUUAUUGUGUUCACAGAAUCUGUUCACAUCAAAAUAUUUUCUAGUAAUACCUCACACUUUGUACAUAAAUCUGUAAUGUAUUCAAAUAAUCAUAUUAUAUGCAGUAUAUUAUGCUAGUCUAUUUUAUUUAUUAUUUUUUAUGGAAGAACAGUCUUUGUUUUCCCAAUGGAUAAUUUAAUUGUUCAGAAAUAAGAUUUUUAAAGAGUUUUUUUUAAUAACAGUAGUAACACAUUUUUUUAAAGAAAACAUUAAUUACUGAUUGUUUCAUAGCUUAUGUAGAAUACCCAACAUAUAGCAUCUCAGUGUCACAAGGGAGACAAUCCCAGUAGGGGAGAUAACCCUUGCCUUUGGUGCUAAGCCACAUCCCAGAUUUGUGUUUGUACCAGCUUUGUCUGGAUAUGCCGUCAGCCAUAGCUUUGAUAUUAUUAAUUUCAGUUUAUAACUGAUAGCAUUAUUACCAAUCAUUUUGUCCAAAUGGAUAAUGUAAUUAUCACCCAAGAGAAAGUUGAAACGGAUCAUCAUCUGUUUAUCACCUUUUAAAUUGUGCUGGAUCAUUCUGUUCAAAAUCUGCAAUAAAAAUAUAUAACACGA